AUGGAUGCUCUCCCACUGGUCCUCCUCGGUGUCCGCACCGCACUGAAAGCAGAUAUCUCGUCUACGGCAGCUGAGAUGGUGUACGGCACAACUCUUCGACUACAUGGAGAAUUCUUUACUACCGCGCGCCCAACUCCUGUUGCUGACCCCACUGACUAUAUAUCUCAACUCAAAGCCCACAUGCAGGUCAUCCGUCCCACCCCACCUCGUCCUACGUCCGCUCUACCACAUAGUCCACUGAGUGAUGACUUUGCGACUACCACUCACGUCUUCAUCCGCCACGAUGCUAUACGCAAACCCGUCCAAGCUCCGUAUGAUGGACCUUACCCAAUCGUCGACCGCACUGACAAACAUUUCACCGUGGAUAGGAACGGUCGCAAAGACACUGUGUCCAUUGAUCGCUUGAAGCCUGCUCAUCUAGAUUGUGACACCGUGACCUCCCCCAGCGAGUCUCCUGACCCACCUUCUACAUCAGAAUGCCGGCAUACUCGCUCGGGACGACGAGUUCACUUUCCACGACGUCUUUCUUCAUACGUGUCGUCGAACACUGGCAGGGGAGUAGUGUAG